AUGGGUAAACCAAAGGAUGGCGGGCCUUCCGCAACAUGGGAAAAAGAUGUGAAGAUUAUAUUUUGUGAUUUAUGUCUAAGAGAGAUUGAACUCGGCAAUCGACCAACUACACACUUCAAUAAAGAGGAAUUGAAGCGUGGAUCCACUGGACUUGGUUGGGAUCCUAGGAAGAAAAUCAUUGACGCAUCUGAUGAAUGGUGGAAAGAAAAAUUAGAGGUUGUGCCAAAUGCAAAAAAGUUUAGAUACAGUGGCAUUGAUCCUGAGCUUGAAGAUAAGCUAGAUCUUAUGUUCCAAGGUGUUGUUGCUACCGUGGAUCAUGCUUGGACUCCAAACCAGAGACUUAACCAUGAAAAUGAUACUGAAGAUUUUGAACACACUGAUAUAGGUUCUGAGUCUUUUGAAGAUCCUUCACAAAAUCUUGAAAGCAUCAAUGAUUAUAGCCAAUUGAAACGUCCUUCAUCUACAACGUCAACCGGUAGAAGGAAAAGAAUAUUUGGUUCAACAUUUCUAAGAAGCCAAAUAACCCAGCUUGUAAAUUCUUGCACAAAUAUUUCCUCUGGAAUUAGUGCAUCAAAGUCAAUAACUGAUACUCCAUCCCUUUCUGCUGCCAUUAAAGUUCUUAAAGAAACAACUGAAGCAUUUUAAGAUAUGCCACUGUAUUUGUUUAGUACAAAGCUUCUCGAGGAUCCAACAAAGUGAGAAAUUUUUAUGUCAAUUUGUCCUGAUCGAAGAGUUAAUUAUCUUCGAUAUUGCUACGGAAAUCAUGAUACAACGUCAUAGAUUCCUGGAUAUUUAUGUUUUUCUUUAAAAACAUUAGUUUUGUAUUUUGAUUGUGUUGUUCUGAACAGUUUGAAAUAUUUUUUUACUGCAACAAUUGAAAGAUCUUACGUUUAUCUCACGUUUAUCUUAUGUUUAUGAAAUUGCAAUGUCUUUCUUUUGUUAAAAAUAAAGAUGAGGACCUUCAGAGAACAUUAAAUGCUUUCAUGGCAUAUUUUAGCUGAUUCUAUGAAAUGGUACCAAAGUUUGUAUAAGAAGUCGG